CCGCGGCUGCAGGCUCUGGGCAGGGCAGCCAGUCUGCGCAGCGGCUCCGCUGGGCAGCCGCAGACCUCCAUUGGCUGCUGCUCCUCUUCCAGCCUGGCUCGUCCGGCGCCCCGCGAUGGAGCCGCCCGCCCGCCAGGAGCGCCCGCUGCCGAGCCCUGCUCACCAGGUACCGCGGGGAAGUUCGGAUAGAAACAGAUGACAGAACGGCCUUGGUUUGUAAACCCAGGACUAAAGGAGGAAACAGUGAUCUCCCAUCAGCUGGUUUUAAUGUUAUCAACUCUAUCAUAGGAUCGGGAAUAAUAGGAUUGCCUUAUUCAAUGAAGGAAGCUGGUUUUCCAUUAGGAGUAUUGCUUUUAGUUGGUGUUGCCUAUAUCACAGAUUAUUCCAUUAUAUUACUGAUUAAAGGAGGAAACCUCUCUGGUACAAACAGCUACCAAGAACUGGUCAAUAAAUCGUAUGGUUUUAUAGGAUACCUAAUUCUCUCAACACUACAGUUUCUAUAUCCAUUUAUUGCCAUGAUUAGUUACAACAUAAUAACAGGAGACACUUUGACUAAAGUUUUUCAAACAAUUCCUGGAGUUGGUCCAGAUAACUUACUUACUUACCGCCAAGUCAUUAUUCUAUGUACUACCAUCAUCUUUACCCUGCCUAUGUCUCUCUAUCGUGACAUAGCAAAACUGGCAAAGGUAUCUUUUAUUUCUCUGAUUUUAACAGCUGUAAUCCUGGUCAUUGUGAUGAUAAGGGCAGCUACCCUUAGCCCACUAGUACCCAAAACAGAGAAUGCCUGGAUAUUUGCAAAGUCUAAUGCAAUACAAGCCAUUGGGGUGAUGUCAUUUGCAUUCAUUUGCCAUCAUAACAGCUUUUUAAUCUAUGGCUCUUUGGAAGAACCCACUCUGAGUAACUGGUCUCGCAUCACUCAUGUGUCUGUCUCACUGGCUCUGUUUAUCAGUGUGGUGUUUGCUGUAUGUGGAUAUGUGACAUUUACCGGCUACACAGAAGGAGAUAUAUUUGAAAACUAUUGCAGAGAUGAUGAUCUUGCUACAUUUGGAAGGUUUUGCUAUGGAGUCACUAUAAUCCUGACUUUCCCCAUUGAAUGUUUUGUGACUAGAGAAGUAAUUUCCAAUGUGUUUUUCAGUGGGACCCUUACCACCAUUCUCCAUGUUGCUGUGACAGUAAUUGUUGUUGCUUUAGCCACAAUCAUAUCUUUAGUGUAUGAUUGCCUUGGAAUAGUUUUAGAGCUGAACGGGAUUCUCAGUGCUACUCCACUUGUUUUUAUCAUCCCAACAGCAUGUUAUCUGAAGCUGUCUGAAGAGCGAUGGAACCAUUCAGAUAACCUCAUAUCCAGCCUGAUUCUUACUGUUGGUGUGUUAGUGAUGACAGUUGGAUUUGUUAUGACUAUCUUGCAUCCCCAACAAUGUAGCCAUGGAAAAGAAAUGGUCUACUGCUUCCCUAAUAAUGCCUCUCUUUAUAACAGUACACUUCCACCUUUUUAGCCAGCUUGCCAGUCCUGAGUCUAAAGAGCCUGUCAUCACUCCGUACUAAUUUAAAUAUGACUGGGACAGAGUCCUCUUAUGUUUUCUUACUGACUAAGAAUCUUAAACUAUACAACUAUAUUUGUGUAUCGUGUUUUAUGCUAUUGUUUUUUUCUAGAUGAGAAUUAAGCUUUGACUUUUAAGAUUGCAUUGCAUCAAACCUGACUAUUCAGUAGAGCCUCACUAAAUUGGAUGAAUAACUCGAAAACCAAUUGCUAAGGAUUUAAUUUUGCGAAUUAGCAAAUUAGUAAUCAAAUACAAUUUAAAAACAUAGAUUAGGCAUCUCAAAGUGUACUUUCUCUAGUCAUUUAACAAAUGGAGUUUUAAUUACUUUUGAUAACGCUUAUAGUAAACAUACUCUAGUAUAUUUUCUAAAAGUCCUGAAACUGUAUUAUUAAGAGACCUCGCCAUACUACUCUGCUAUUAAAUCUUUGCUGAGAAGUGAGGAUAGCCCCACUUCUAUAGUAGUGUAUCUGUAGUGUAUCUGGCUUAGAGUGAAAAUCACCUUAGUACAGAGGACCAAUACAAAUGCAAGACCUGUGCAUUUAAGUGGGGUUUAAGUGGGACUUUUGUUGUGCAGAGGACCAACACAGUCUGUGCACAAGUGCCGUUUUACUCAUUGAAUAGUGAAUUACAAGGUUGUUUGCUGUGUUUU